AUGGAACCAAAUUUUGACCGUUGGGAUUUUGCGGUACUAAUUACCAUCCUUCUCAUUUCUGCAAUGAUUGGCAUUUAUUACCGUUAUACGGGCGGCAAGCAGAAAACAAUCAAGGAAUACCUAUUGGCCGAUCAGAGCAUGACCACAUUUCCAGUUGCUGUUAGUUUAAUGGCGAGCUUCAUGUCCUCCAUCACAUUAUUAGGUGUUUCAAGCGAAAGCUACCAGUUUGGUACUAUGUUUUGCAUAAUAAACAUCGCUUACAUUAUAAGCACGCCGAUAGCCGCAUAUUUGUUUUUGCCUGUUUUUUAUCGCAUGCGUACCUUGAGCGUUUAUGAAUACUUGGAGCGACGAUUUGGGCACUCGACGCGUCUCGCUGCUUCACUUGCCUACUCCGUACAAAUGAUCCUUUAUAUGGGAAUUGUUCUAUAUGCGCCAGCGCUUGCACUCGAAGCUGUUACAGGAGUAAGCAAGACCACAGCUAUAUUGGUUAUAGGACUCCUUUGUACAUUCUACUCUACUAUUGGCGGCCUAAAAGCUGUGCUUAUAACAGACGUUUUUCAAUCGCUUCUGAUGUUUGCUGCAAUCUUCGCAGUAAUUGUGGUGUCUGCCAUUAAGGCGGGUGGUUUGGCUCCAAUAUGGCAGGAAGCUGAAAAGAGAGAUCGUUUUUAUUUCACGGAUUUUUCUUUGGAUCCCACAGAGCGGCACACAUGGUGGAGUCUUAUUAUCGGAGGUAUGGUGACAUAUUUGUCGUUGUAUGGUAUUAAUCAGGUGCAAGUGCAGAGGUUGUUAAGUGUGCGAAAUCUCGAGAGCGCGCAAUCGGCACUCUGGUGGAAUUUACCAAUUUUGAGUACACUCAGUUUUAGUACCUUAUUUAGCGGAUUAGCUAUAUUUCACUACUACAGAAACUGUGAUCCUCUCCUGGAAGGAAGAAUACAAUCAAGAGAUCAGUUGAUGCCACUUUUUGCCGUAGACACGAUGGGUCAAUAUCCCGGCUUGUGCGGACUCUUUGUAUCGGGCAUAUUUUCCGCUAGCCUUUCGACUGUUUCAUCAGCGGUCAGCUCAUUAUCAACUGUGACAUUAGAGGACUACAUCAAACCCCUCUACAAGCGUAUCACAAAUAAUCCACUACACGAAGCAAGAUCAACACUGCCAAGUAAAAUUAUGGCCGCCAUUUAUGGACUCGUAUGUAUUGGUAUGGCAUUCACGGCCGGUUCAAUGGGUGGCGUUCUGCAAGCGUCUCUCACUAUCUUCGGCAUAAUUGGCGGCCCAUUGCUAGCUCUUUUUACCCUGGGUUUAUGCACAACGCGAUCAAAUCAACGUGGAGUGUUGAUAGGUCUGCUGAUCGGGCUGAUAUUUUCGUUCAUUAUCGGUUUUGGUGGACCAAAGCCAUUGCCAACAAUGCUAGAUUUCAAAGCUGAUGGUUGCGUAGCCGCAAUUAAUAGCACCUUAGUCGCCGAGGCGUUUACCCAGACUGACAACAUCGCGCUCAAUAUCACCACACAACUGUUGGCCACAGAUGAAGCUAAAGUAGAUUAUUUUUGGAUAUACAGACUGUCGUACUUAUGGCUUUCUGUAAUUGGUUUUUUGAUCACCUUAGUUGCUGGAUAUGGACUAAGCUUAUUGCUGGAAGCAUUAAAAUUGGCAGAUAAUAAGCAAAUUUACUUAGACAAUCAACUAAUUGAUGGUGAUUUGUUCAUACCACCGCUUGCACGAAGAUUAGGAGGUAGUCAGAUUGAGGAAAUGACUAAACUGUAGAUGCUUAAAUCCGAGGGUUCAAAUUAGUUAUGUAAGGAAAAAUUUAGAUAAAUAUUUACAAAAGAAAACUAUGUAAUAGUUUUCAUUGUAAGUACAAAAGUAAUAAUGAAAUGUUUCGGAUUCACUUAAACAAGGUUUAGUACCAUUGAUUCAAGCAUAUGAUUGGUGUUGUGGUGGCAAACUAUCGAUAGUCACGACUAUCUACCAACUUAAUUUUGACUAUGAAUACGCCCCCAUUCCGUUGAAUAUAGUUUUUUAAAGACCAUAAGGACCUACCUUAAUAAUGAAAAUAUGAUUUAAACAACUAAACGUUAAAUUACGUAUUCUGCUUUCUAAAGCCAAUUGUUUUUAUUUAGGAUUUUAGUUGCAAUCUUUUUUCGUUUACUAUUAAAGCUGCUUUACUGUACAAUCGUUCCGAUUCAACUGAUGACGUUAAGCCAAUAAAGUUGCCAUAUAUUCUUUUAUAUAAAAGUAUUGCCGCUUAAUACAAUGCACAUUCACUAUUUUUGUGUCUUAAAUUUAGAAAAUUUUCGAUAGUGAAAAUACUCGAUAGUUUUGAAAAACUAGUAUCGAUAGUGCCAUCGGUAGUUUGCCACCACUAGAAUGAUGUUAACCGAUGGAAAAUCAAAUAAAUUUCCCAGGCAAUUGAAUGGAUUUACAUGCAUAAAUAUUUACAUAAAAAUGCAUAGAACUUAACGUUUUUGCCGAUCGUUUUUGUCACCGAAAUGGGGAAGAAUUAACCUCAGCAGUUUUAUAACGAUCUGGCACAAAUAUACGUACACUUAUAAACAAAUAUACAGGAGCAAUCCAGACUUAUGAAGAGACCUAUUUUUCAGCGAUUUGAAGGGAAAAUGUGUAGAAUCUGAGUUAGCUUUUUAUUAUAGCACUUGUGGGCCAUGAAAGUAAGUUCAGCCAAUUAAGUUUUAAAAGUAGUUGCCUAAUGUCGUUAAGUUUUUGCUCUCUAUUUUGCAUUUAUUAUUAUCAAAAAAGUUAAUUUGGUCGAUCCCUGUGUUCCAAACUACAGCCAUUUUGAGAUUUACAGGGAAUCAAUAUGAGCUUUUGUGUAGCGCUUUCUUUUUCUAAUUUCACUAAAGUUUUAUUAGGUUUUAGUAGUUUUUGUUAAUCUUAGAAAGGGUUUUAUAAUCAUUUUUGGGAUGAAAAACUUUGUAAACCGUUUUUAAAUCUCAUAUUUGCUGGAAGACAUAAUAUAAAUAAGAGCUGGCCGUCAUUCUUGUGUACUUAACUAAGAAAAUUUAAUAUUUGCUGGCAUAGGAAAGUCUUCCAGCAAACCCACGAAAGCACUUCUGCCCUGCUAAUAUGUAUCUGAAUGAUGUGUUAGUACUUACGUAGUACAUACAUGCCCGCCUUUGCAUAUAGGCGUAUUUAAAUAAAAAUCUAUACAAAAAAGAAUAGAAAAUUAGUUAAUUAAUAUAGAAUAGAGAUUUUUUUUAUUAAUUGCAAAAUUAUUUGGUAGGAGUUUUUUGUAAUAACUGCAAAAAUAUUGUUCCUUAUAGGCUUAUAAUCGUAAACAUGUUACUUAAACCUGCGUACUUUUAUCUUGAAUAUAUUUACAUAAAUACAAAUUAAAUAUAGUUUACACAUUUAAUCCGUAUAAAGUUUUAAGGAAUGAAACUAAUUCAUAUGUUAUUAAAAAAUAAACUGGUAACAAAUCAGAAAAAAAUAUUAAAUGUACUGAAGUCUUCCAUUUUAACAAUAGUCAAAAGGUAAUUCCUAGUAAAAUAAUUUGGAUA